AUGAAACGUAUUAAAGCUUACAGCUGCAGGGAAACCACUCUGAAGGACACGAUUCUUGCCUGGAUAGCUGAAGUCGACCUCACCGGCGAUCAUGACGGGAAAUUGAGAAGGAAGACACCCGGAACUCUAGAAUGGGUUGCUGAGACUGCGGAGUUCAAAAAGUGGAUAUCUGAGAAGAACCAGACCAUUUAUUGCCCCGGUGAUGCCGGGGCAGGGAAAACCACGUUCACAGCGAAGGUAGUGUAUGAUCUUUUCACCGUACAUAGAGAUGAAUUAGGAAAUGUUGGCAUAUGUUUCCUGUAUUGCAGCUUCAACGACAAAAGUCACCAUACGUUGGAAAACCUUCUGGCAACUUUGUUGAAACAGCUCCUCCUACAUCGACCUCUUCCGGAGAGUAUUAAAUCGCGGUACCACACGUAUCAUCAAAGUCACCAAAGGCUUUCUGUCGAUGAAAUAUUGAAGGAACUGCGAGUCGCGAUAAAGGCUCGAUCAAAAGCGUAUGUCGUUGUUGAUGGCUUAGAUGAAUGCGAUGAGGGGUGUCGAUACAAGUUUUUAAAAAUGUUAAAGAGCUUUAGAGAUCAGAGGGAUGAUAACGGGACCAGCUCAGGUCAGACAGACGUCAAGAUUUUGGUCAGUUCGAAACCAUUUCCCAAAAUAGCAGCCAGCUUAGGCGAGGGUAUAUUAACCAUGCCAAUAUGCGCAAGGCGGAACGAUAUUUUCAAAUACCUUGACUUAGCGAGGGAAGAACUUGAUCAACACUAUUUGCUUGACGAUUCGUGGACCAGCGUGAAGGAUGAGAUAGUGCGCAUUGCAGACGGAAAAUUCUUGAUGGCUACCCUUUCAUUCAAUUGUUUGGGAAGCAAGACGAGCGUUAAAGCAACAAAAGAAGCAUUAAAAAUACUCCCAAGAGGGGCCGGAGCCUACGACGCGAUGUAUAACGAAAUCAUGGCCCGAUUCACUGACCGGGAAAGCCACAGGAGAGAACUUACUCUUCAGGCAUUAUCUUGGAUUGUCUACGCCAAGCGCUCUCUAACUACUACAGAGCUGCAGCAUGCCCUUGCAAUCGAAAGGAAUAGUUCUGCGCUUGAUCCAGAGAACAUUUCACGCGAGGAUAUUGUCUCCUUGUGUGCUGGACUAGUCACACUAGAUGAGAAAAGCUCAACGGUGAAGAUAAUGCACAAAACAGCCAAAGAAUAUUUUGAACGUAACCCGAAUAGAUUGUCCCCCAAUGUGGAAAGUACUAUCGCUCAAUCAUGCAUCACGUAUCUGUCAUACGAAGCAUUCAAGACUGGAUUCUGUCCCACCGAGGAGGAAUUUGCUAUUCGAUUGCUUGCCAAUCCAUUCUACACCUACGCCGCCUCAUUCUGGGGACAACACGCCAUCCUCGCAUCGCUAGCUAAUAAAGACACUCUUGAAUUUCUUAAAGAUGCUAAAAAGGUGGAGGCAUCGGCGCAAGCACUCCAUGUAUACAAGGACAGUCUUAAGUACUACAGCCAAGAAACGCCGAAAGACACGCAUGGUUUGCACUUGGCCGCAUUCUUCGGGUUAGAAGAGGAAGCCGUCGUUGUUUUCCUCGGUCAUGGAGCCGAUCCAGAUGUACAUGAUGUCUACGGCCGAUCUUCUUUAUCGUGGGCUGCUGAGCGUGGACAUAAUCUCAUCGUCAAAACACUACUAAAGAGCGAGAAGGUUAAAAAAAACUCGCAAAACAAUUACUAUCGAUCACCAUUGGCAUGGGCUGCGUUGGCAGGACGUGAGAACGUCGUAACGUCUUUGAUCGACGCAGGAGCGAACCUCAACGUGAAAGACAAAGAUGGACGAACACCGCUA